AGAGGUUUCAAAAAUUAAAGAAUACCGGAAGUAAAUUUAAACUGACAGAAAAAUGGGAAAUACAACAACUUGUUAUACCUCAGACGCUACUUACCGUAACGAAGAAUCAGCUGUUCCACCCGCAAUGCAAUUCGCUAUCGGAGUUAUUGGUAAUGGAAUAGCUUUGCUGGUUCUUAAACUCUCUGCAAAGACUCACAAAUGGCGUCCAUUUUAUCGGUUGGUGGCUGCUCUGGCUCUUACAGACGGCGGAGGAAUUUUGCUAGUUUACCCUACCGUCAUGAUAAGGUACGCUGUUCGAAGUUUUCAGAUGCCAACAGCCCUGUGUGACUACAGUUCCUUUAUAUACACUUUCACGCUCCUAGCAUCCGCUAUGAUAAUUUGUAGUAUGUCUAUAGACCGAUUCCUUGCCAUAAUGUAUCCAAUUUUUUAUGACACGAACACAAAAUAUAGACGUGUAAACAUUAUGUUGGGGGUUACUUGGAUCUCAUCAGCCGUGGUAUGUAGUCUUCACCUGUUUGGACUCGGUGAUAGUCACAGUUUCUACCCAAGGUCUUGGUGUUUCAUCGACUUCAGUAAAGUUCAAGGGAACAGCAGCACUGCAAUACUCAACAGGGCUAAUUCAUUUCUCUAUUCCUUCCUUGGACUUAUUAUCAUAGUAACAAUUGUAUCCUUGAAUAGUAUAGUAGUGAUUACUAUUUUUCGUAGACGAUUUUUACAAAAGAGAAGCAAAGUGCAGAAUAACGAUAGUAAAAGAGACGUCUUCAACAUCGUAUUUUUGCUCACUAUAGUAGUGGUUUUUGCAACAUUAUGGACGCCGUUGAUUUGCGUCAUAUUUGCUCAUGCUGUAUUUUGGAUGGAUGGAGAUUGUGGAACAGAACUGCUUGUUCUGAGGCUUGCAGUAACCAAUUCCAUCAUAGACCCUUGGAUCUACAUUUUACUGCGGAAGGAGACGAUUCUUUCAAUGAGAAGAAUUUUUUUUCGUGCCGUCUGUUGCAAAUUAUCAUAUGGCAUGAAUUCUAGAUCCUUGGGUUCCUCACGAAAGCGGUCGUGUUCGGUGACGUCAUACAGACGGUCUGACGGGUCUCAGGGAGCUCCAGUGUGGCUUACUGACCGGGAGAGUCCAUAUAGAACUUCUGAAGAAAUCGGAAUCAGGACAUCAGCUAAUGAAGUCUCUGUGUAAUACUGGGUCGUAUUUUUUGUUGUUGUUACUUGUUUUGUAUAUAUUUUUAAAACUUUUAUUGUCUUAUUUUUUAAAAAU